AUGGUCAGGCGGGCGGAGUGUUGUCAUCCGCAGAGCGACGACCGGAGGCGGCGGCGUAGGCCCCGGCGGGGCGUUUGGUUUCGGUUUGUCUCUGAGUAGAAUUGGUGUUGACGGUCGAAAUGGGAGUCCCCAAGUUUUACCGAUGGAUCUCAGAGAGAUAUCCCUGCCUAAGCGAAGUGGUGAAAGAGCAUCAGAUUCCUGAAUUUGACAACUUGUACCUAGAUAUGAAUGGAAUCAUACAUCAGUGCUCUCAUCCUAAUGAUGAUGAUGUUCACUUCAGAAUUUCAGAUGAUAAAAUCUUUACGGAUAUUUUUCACUACUUGGAGGUGUUGUUUCGCAUUAUUAAACCUAGGAAAGUGUUUUUUAUGGCUGUUGAUGGUGUGGCUCCUCGAGCAAAAAUGAACCAGCAGCGUGGGAGGCGUUUUAGGUCAGCAAAGGAGGCAGAAGACAAAAUUAAAAAGGCAAUAGAGAAGGGAGAAAUUCUUCCUACAGAGGCCAGAUUUGAUUCCAACUGUAUUACACCAGGAACUGAAUUCAUGGCCAGGUUACAUGAACAUCUGAAGUAUUUUGUAAAUAUGAAAAUUUCCACAGACAAGUCAUGGCAAGGAGUUACCAUCUACUUCUCAGGCCAUGAGACUCCUGGAGAAGGAGAGCAUAAAAUCAUGGAAUUUAUCAGAUCUGAAAAAGCAAAACCAGAUCAUGAUCCAAAUACCAGACACUGUCUUUAUGGUUUAGAUGCUGACUUGAUUAUGCUUGGAUUAACAAGUCACGAGGCACAUUUUUCUCUCCUAAGAGAAGAAGUUCGAUUUGGUGGCAAAAAAACACAAAGGGUAUGUGCACCAGAAGAAACCACAUUUCACCUCCUACACUUGUCUUUAAUGAGAGAAUAUAUUGACUAUGAGUUUUCAGUACUAAAGGAAAAGAUCACAUUUAAAUAUGAUAUUGAAAGAAUAAUAGAUGAUUGGAUUUUAAUGGGAUUUCUUGUUGGCAAUGAUUUUAUCCCUCAUCUACCUCAUUUGCAUAUUAAUCAUGAUGCACUGCCUCUUCUUUAUGGGACAUAUAUUACCAUCCUACCAGAACUUGGGGGUUACAUUAAUGAAAGUGGGCAUCUGAACUUACCUCGAUUUGAGAAAUACCUUGUAAAACUAUCAGAUUUUGAUCGGGAGCACUUCAGUGAAGUUUUUGUGGACCUAAAGUGGUUUGAAAGCAAAGUUGGUAACAAGUACCUCAAUGAAGCAGCAGGCGUCGCAGCAGAAGAAGCCAAGAACUACAAGGAAAAGAAAAAACCAAAGGGCCCGGAAAAUUCUAUAUGUUGGGAUGCUUUAGACAAAAAUAAAGGCGAAGUAGUAACUUCUAAGGAUAAUUUAGAAGAUGAGACUGAAGAUGAUGACCUGUUUGAAACUGAGUUUAGACAAUAUAAAAGAACAUAUUACAUGACGAAGAUGGGGGUUGACGUAGUAUCUGACGACUUUCUGGCUAAUCAAGCUGCAUGUUAUGUUCAGGCAAUACAGUGGAUUUUGCACUAUUACUAUCAUGGAGUUCAGUCCUGGAGCUGGUAUUAUCCUUAUCAUUAUGCACCUUUCCUGUCCGAUAUCCGUAACAUCAGUACACUCAAGAUACACUUUGAACUAGGAAAACCGUUUAAGCCAUUUGAACAACUUCUUGCUGUGCUUCCAGCAGCUAGCAAAAAUUUGCUUCCUACAUGCUACCAGCAUUUGAUGACCAGUGAAGACUCUCCUAUUAUAGAAUAUUAUCCACCUGAUUUUAAAACUGACCUAAAUGGGAAACAACAGGAAUGGGAAGCUGUGGUAUUAAUACCUUUUAUUGAUGAGAAACGAUUGUUGGAAGCCAUAGAGGCAUGCAACCACUCCCUCAAAAAGGAGGAGAAGAAAAGAAAUCAACAUAGUGAGUGCCUAAUGUGCUGGUUUGAUGGAGAUACAGAGUUCACCUAUCCUUCUCCAUGGCCAGAAAAGUUCCCUGCUAUAGAACGAUGUUGUACAAGGUACAAAAUAAUAUCAUUAGAUGCUUGGCGUGUGGACAUAAAUAAGAACAAAAUAACCAAGGUUGACCAGAAGGCAUUAUAUUUCUGUGGAUUUCCUACUCUGAAAAACAUCAAACACAAAUUUUUUUUAAAGAAAAGUGGCGUUCAAGUAUUCCAGCAAAGCAGUCGUGGAGAAAACAUGAUGUUAGAAAUCUUAAUGAAUACAGAAUCAGAUGAACUUAGUAUAGAAAAUGUAGCUUCCUCAGUGCUUGGAAAAUCUGUCUUUGUUAAUUGGCCUCACCUUGAAGAAGCUAGAGUUGUGGCAGUAUCAGAUGGAGAAACAAAGUUUUUCUUAGAAGAACCUUCUGGAACACAGAAGCUUUAUUUGGGAAGAACUGCUCCACCAUCUAAAGUGAUCCAUCUUGGAGAUAAAGAACAAUCUAACUGGACAAAAGAAGUACAAGGAAUUUCAGAACACUACCUAAGAAGAAAAGGAAUAAUAAUAAAUGAAACAUCUGCAGUUGUGUAUGCUCAGUUACUCACAGGUCGUAAAUACCAAAUAAAUCAAAAUGGUGAAGUUCGUCUAGAGAAACAAUGGUCAAAACAAGUGGUUCCUUUUGUUUAUCAAACUAUAGUCCGGGACAUCCGAGCUUUUGACUCUCGUUUCUCCAACAUCAAAACAUUGGAUGAUUUGUUUCCUCCUAGAAGUAUGGUUUUUAUGCUGGGAACCCCCUAUUAUGGCUGCACUGGAGAAGUUCAAGAUUCGGGCGAUGUGAUUACAGAAGGUAGGAUUCGUGUGGUUUUCAGCAUUCCAUGUGAACCCAAUCUUGAUGCUUUAAUACAGAACCAACAUAAAUAUUCUAUAAAGUACAACCCAGGAUAUGUGUUGGCCAGUCGCCUUGGAGUGAGUGGAUACCUUGUUUCAAGGUUUACAGGAAGUAUUUUUAUUGGAAGAGGAUCUAGGAGAAACCCUCAUGGAGACCAUAAAGCAAAUGUGGGUUUAAAUCUCAAAUUCAACAAAAAAAAUGAAGAGGUACCUGGAUAUACUAAGAAAAUUGGAAGCGAAUGGAUGUAUUCAUCUGCAGCAGAACAACUUCUUGCAGAAUACUUAGAGAGAGCUCCAGAACUAUUUAGUUAUAUAUCCAAAAACAGCCAAGAAGAUGUUUUCUAUGAAGAUGAUAUCUGGCCUGGAGAAAAUGAGAAUGGUGCUGAGAAAGUACAAGAAAUUAUUACUUGGCUAAAAGGACAUCCUGUCAGUACCUUAUCUCGUUCUUCUUGUGAUUUACAAAUUCUGGAUGCAGCUAUUGUUGAGAAAAUUGAGGAAGAAGUUGAAAAGUGCAAGCAAAGAAAGAAUAAUAAGAAGGUACGAGUAACUGUGAAGCCUCAUUUGCUGUACAGACCUUUAGAACAGCAACAUGGAGUCAUUCCUGAUCGGGAUGCAGAAUUUCGUCUCUUCGAUCGUGUUGUAAAUGUGAGAGAGAACUUCUCAGUCCCAGUUGGCCUUCGGGGCACCAUCAUAGGAAUUAAAGGGGCUAAUAGAGAAGCUGAUGUACUAUUUGAAGUAUUAUUUGAUGAAGAAUUUCCUGGAGGCCUAACAAUAAGAUGCUCACCAGGUAGAGGUUAUCGACUGCCAACAAGUGCCUUGGUGAACCUUUCUCAUGGGACUCGCUCUGAAACUGGAAAUCAGAAGUUGACAGCCAUUGUGAAACCACAACCAGCUGUGAAUCACUACAGCUCAAAUUCACCAAUUUCAUCUGGACUUCUGGGAGGCCUCAACCAUUCCCCUCAGUCACUUUUUGUUCCUACUCAAGUACCUGCUAAAGAUGAUGAUGAAUUUUGCAACAUUUGGCAGUCCUUACAGGGAUCCAGUAAAAUUCAGCACUUUAAGUCAACUAUACAAGAGAAGGGUCCAAUUCUACCUCAAGAAAUAAGACAAGUAAAUCAACAUCAUAAAUCUGGCUUUAAUGACAACAACAUUAAAUACCAGCAAAGAAAACAUGACCCUCACAGAAAAUUUAAAGAAGAAUGUAAGAGUCUUAAAGCUGAAUGUCAGUCACAAAAAAUGUCUAAUCAGACUUUUGGAGGGCUUGCCAAACGUAACAUUAAGCUAUUGAAGAGAAAUAAAAGUCCAGAAGUCUCAGAAACCCAAAAGGUUGUGACUGGUUAUCCAAAUGCUAUUGUUAAGACUAACUCUGGAAUUGAGAACUUUUUAGCAUCCUUGAAUGUCUCCAAAGAAAAUGAAGUACAGUCAUCUCAUGACAGAGAGUCUCCAAGUGAAGAGCAUUUAUCGCCACAGUCAUUUGCUAUGAAGGGAACGCGGAUGCUUAAGGAAAUUCUAAAAAUUGAUGGUUCUGAUACUGUGGACCAUAAAAAGGAAAUCAAACAAUUUGGUAAUGAAGUCACUGUUUCUUCUAAUAGAAGAGAUGAAUAUAGAUCAUCCCCACAGCCUAAACAAAAUAAGAAAUCAGCAUCUUAUGUGAACAAGCCUCACAGUGUUAAUGAGUACCAUAAUAUUCAAUCCAUGGACAAUGUGUGUUGGCCCGCUCCCAGCCAGAUCCCUCCUGUAUCCACACCAGUAACUGAACUUUCUCGAAUUUGUUCCCUUAUUGGAAUGCCACAACCAGAUUUCUCCUUUCUUAGGACACCACAGACAAUGACUGUUUGCCAGGUAAAAUUAUCUAAUGGCUUACUGGUACAUGGGCCACAGUGCCACUCUGAAAAUGAAGCCAAGGAGAAAGCUGCACUUUUUGCCUUACAACAGUUGGGCUCAUUAGGAGUGAAUUUCCCUUUGUCUCCACCAGUGUUUACAAAUUAUCCUUCCGCCAUAUCACCCAGAAGCAUUACUCCAGUUUUUCCCCAAACUACUGGCUGGGAUCACUAUGGAAGCAACUUAGCACUGGGGGCAGCUAAUAUAAUGCCUUCAUCAUCUCAUCUCUUCGGCUCAAUGCCAUGGGGACCACCAGUGCCAGUUCCUGGGAAGCCCUUCCAUCAAGCUUUAUAUUCUGGGACCACACCCAUGGCUGGGGGAGCGCCAGGCGGUGUGCACACUCAGUUCAUACCUCUGCAGGUUACUAAAAAAAGGGUUGCAAACAAAAAGAACUUUGAGAACAAGGAGGUCCAGAGUUCUUCUCAAGCCACCCCCCUUCAGACUAGCCAGCUAGAGUCUUCUGAUGUCACCAAAGUAAUUCCACAGGACAAUUCGUCAGCUUCCUUAAAGUCCUCUCAGCUUGCCCAGCCUGCAUCUUCUUUUCAAGUUGAAACUGCUUCUCAAGGUCAUAGUGUGUCUCACCCUAAGUCAACAUCAAGCUCUUCAAGAAGAAGAUCGAGAAAACUGGCUGUCAAUUUUGGAGCUUCUAAACCUUCUGAAUAAAUUUGGUACUUGGAAUCAAAUUAAUUCCUUUCCAUCUGCCUUUUUAUAAAUCCAACCUAUGUCUCAUAAAAAGUUAGAAUUUAUUAUUUUAAAAUAAUAUGUUUAAAUUGAAAAUUUUUCAUUUUUAAGUUGUCAGGCACUUUUCAUGCUGUUUAGAAGUCUGUAUAUCAAAUUGUACACUUUACAUAUGUGCAGUUUGUUGUGCAUCAAUUAUACCUCAAUAAAUCUGUUUUUAAGAAAAACUAAAUUAAACCUUGUAUUCAAAUAAUACCAGUGGGCUAAACAUUAAAAUGUACCACUCUAAUCAUUGGCCUCAUUAGAAUCAUCUGAAUUAGACAUCAUAUUAGCAAUAAUAAUAAACAUUUUUAUACUACCAUUGAGGAAUAAUUAAAUGGAGCAUGAAAAUUGGGCCUCAAGUAUAAUUUACUGAAUGUGGAUUUUAUUUCUCUGUUUAAUGAUGUAAGAAAAUUUGUCAAGAAAAUGGCUCUUAUUUAUGUAUAUUCUAACUUAUGCUUUGUUGUCUGAGGGUCCUUGAGACCUUCUAUGAAAUGAUCACACUUGUGGUGGUGCUGCCAGUUUUGCUUUAUUGUAAAUUUUGUACCAAAGCAACUUUAGAAUACUGAUCAGAAUAUUUCAUCUAAGUGCUUAGAACUAUAAACAGCAUUCUAGAUUUGAGUAUUUAUAAUUUUUUAGAUUAUUCAGAACCAGCAUUAGUAAUUUCUAAUAAAACUAAGUUUCAAAAUCUACAGGGUACAAUGAUUGCGGAUUAAUCUAGUAAAAUAAAGUAUGAAAUAUUAAUCAUGUUAAGGAAAAUAAAUUGUGUUAUUCUUUUGUAUGCCUUUCUGUUUGCACACCUUACCUUUUAUGAGAGCUCCGUUGGUGGUCCAUGUGUAGUGCUUUCUGUGACUGAAGAAAUGCUAAAUGUUUUUUUAAGUUCCAAGGUGUGCUGUAAUACAAGUACAAUCACCACUUUGUAAUGUAACAUUAUUUACUGCCUGUUUCAUUAUAAUUCUGUAUUUUUAGCUUUAUUCUGAACUGUUCAAUGAUUCUGGGAUUUUGUGUUUGCAUGUCAUGUGUGGAUGUGUGUUGUUCAAGCUGUAACUGUUCAAAUUACUUUAGAAUUUGUGAAAAUAUCAGCAGUACUGGGGCAUAUAUAUAUAUAUAUAUAUAAUAUACACAUACAAGCAUAUAUAUAUAUAUAUAAAUCUUUUAGUUUUUGUGAUAUGCAUAUAUUUUUAAGGAAGUAAGUUAUACUUUUUAAAAGUAGCAACCACAGUCUUUAUAUGGAGUUGCCUAUUACUAUAUCUGAUUUCAUUUAGCUCAUUGAAAACUCUGUCAUGAGUCCUAAAAUAAUCUGUUUUUAAAAGUGCUGAUAUUGAAUGAAAUGGAUUUCUUUCUCUGACUGCUGAUUGUAGAGUUUCUGUAAAUUUAGCAGGAUAUGUGUAUAUUAGUAGUGCCUUUAGUAAAAGAGAUAAAUGUUCAUUAUCUAUCAUUUAUUAUGGUCAUUUAUAAUAGAUUUUGUUUUCUGUUAAUUUCCUAGGUUCAGAUGUUUAACAGUUCACACUAUUUCCUUCUUUGUCUGUAGUGGGAUUUUGAGUGAUGAAGCCCAAGUGUUCAUUGCCCCUUAAACUUUCUAUUUGUAUUUAAAGGGAACAUCUAUCAUGGUAACACAAAGAAAAAGUUAAAUUGUGACAGUAAUAUUAUUCUGACCUCUUCCAACUUUAAAGUGCGGAUGUUCACCUUGCUUAACUGUACAAACUCCAGCAUGCAGGAAUCGUGUCCCUCAUCAGUCCUGUGGGAUAGACAGUUCUAUAAAUAGCACCCAGCCCACCUGUGUUCUGGAACACAGAGGAAAGAGCAGAUGCUAUCUUCUGAAAACUCUGAAGGGAAAUGUUAGUAAACAUAGUGCCACUGAACCUGUGAGGAUACUUCCCAAAAUUUGAACACAGCAAGUUGAUCCUACUAUAUGGAUAGGUGGUAAAGUGUUUUCUUUUCCUUCCUUUUCUUUAACAUAUUAUUCUGAAGGUCAAUAUUAAAGAGAGAUUAAAAUAAGAGUUCCAUAAUGUCUGGAUAGUCAGCAGGCAUUCUGCUAUACUCUGUUCCCCAUUUAAACUAUUCAGAAUGUGGGUCUGAGGUCCGUGGGGGAUACACCCUGCCUGUGGAGGACGUAAGAGGUCGAGGAAACUGGAUGCCUUGAUAGUCACGCCAGGUGAAGUCGAGUGCAUAUCUGAAAAGCAGGUGGACUCUGGCAAACUUACAGUUUUCCCUUUAGAUGGGACAAACUGAGACCACUAUUCAAAGUGGAGCAUUUCAAUCUAUUUAAACCUUCCUUCCUUCACUGAAACAUUAUUGCUUAAUAUUCUUGUUCAGUGAGUCUUUACUUUUUCGAGCAAACUAUGUGAAUUUUGAAGAUUGAUCCUUCCAAUCUCAUUGUUUCUUUCCAGUUUCCUGCAGUUUUUAUAAUUUGACAGAAUGUAAACAUGUAGACUAAAGUCUUAAACAUCUAAGACUCAGUUGCAUGAAAAAUCAAAUUCGCCUCUCUUGAGCCGCAGUGUCAAUUUAGAUUAUCCAUGCUUUUCAAAGGGAUAAGUAGUAAAGAUUGGAGGUUGUUUUGUUUUGUUUUUUUUCCCUAUUGGUGAGAAAGACGAAGAUGAACUAUCGAUACAGGUUUUUUGGUCUUUAAUUUCUUUUUUUGAGGGGAGAAGGCAGAGAGAUAGUUAAAGGAACAAAACCAGUUAAAUAAGAAUAUGCCAUUACUGCCUUUUCAAGCUGCAGCAUUAUCUCUCUAGCUCAAGGAAAUAGAUGAACUGUAGGGUCUUUUUUAUUCGCUCACUUUUUGAUCAUCUGUUCAGUUAUAAUUUUUCAUAGUGAUUGUCAAAUUUUCACCUUGCUGUAUGAGAUAGGUAGAGCCAUGCACAUCUCCACGGAAGUUCUAGCACACUUCUUCCCAUCAUGUAGACCAUCUUUUUUAAAGCAAAUACGUACAGUUUUCCCAGCUCUUUUGAAUUUGCUGUAUGUCUUAAUAUGGUCUUGCUUCCAAAUUAUCUUUAUCCUAUAGAACAGAAUUCAUUUACUGGAGAGAACGGCUGUGAAAAGCAUCCUCUAUUUUUAAAGUCAAUCACGGUAGUUGUCGUUUUUCUAGAGAUAGUGAUAGUACUGAUACUGGCAGCUUUCCUUACGUAUGUUUUGCAAAACUUCACUUUGUCAGUGAAGCCAUCUUCUUGGCAGUAACCUCCCCUUCCUAGUCAGGAUAAAUCUUAAAAUUCCAGAAAUGAAUAUUUUUCAGACUGACUGGAUAUUUCCAUCAGACUUCUUCAUCUUCUGCCAGGGAUUACAGUAAAGAGACAAUGUUAAAGCUGAUGACAUCAGGUCUCCAGCAACAAAGCAGAGCAGACCCCUCUGUUAACAACUCAGACAUCACAGAUCCUUUUAGAGAGAGAAGAAGAAAAAAGUAUGAAAUAGUUUUAGUAGUCAAGACUGUCAACAACCCAUAGCUGCUUUUGUGUUUGUGUGUGUGUGUCAGUGAACCAAUAAUAAUGCCUUGCUCGAUCAGUGCAUUCAGCCAUUUCAAGUGCAAUUUGUGAAGGAGACUAGUCUCCGAAUGAUAACAUUUUUUACAUAGGUAAGCCUGUAAAAACAAAUUACCAGAAGUACAGCCAUUGCUAUUGAUUCUUUCUGCAGUUGGUAUACUGCGAACUAUAUCAAACUACCGAGGCCAAAUAAUGAAGCUUCUGUAGCUCUUUUAGUAGUCUUCGUUUGGUUUGUUUUCUCUGAGACGGGUCUCUCUGUCACCUGGGCCGGAGUGCAGUGGUACAAUCAUAGCUCACUAUAGCCUCAAACUCCUGAGUUCAGGAGUUCCCUCCACUCCUCACUCUCCCAAGUAGCUGAGUACUAGUGCGCACCACCACGCCUGGCUUUGUUUCAGUAAUUUGGAGUUUGAUCCACAGUUUGCUUUAACUUCUCUUCCUUUCUCUCACAGUUAAGGUUUGGGUGUUCAUUUUUGGCUUUUGGAUUUUUUUUUUUUUGCCUCAAAUAUCUGUAUUUUCUUUUGCUUGCACUCAAUUGUUUGAGUGUUUUCACCUAUUUCGAUAUAUGAGUAAUAUAGAUGGUGUGCUGUGUCAUCAAAGUGUUCAUUUAAACAAGUGUAUUUCAUUCAUGUAUUCAUGUAUAUUUUAAUUCAUUUCUUUUCUCUCAUAUAUAACUUUUAUAAGUACUGGAAUUUUUCAUUAGAUCUUAUACAGAGCAGUAUUUUAUUAAAAAUUCAAAAGAGAAGACUUUUAUGUGCUCAUUUUGUAGUUUUGGUUUUUUAAAUAUCUUUACAUUGUCUGCCAAUUAAAAUGUUUUAAACUUGCAUUGGAAUGGACUCCGAAUAUAUUUUUGUGUUAAGUUGUACAUUUGUACAUUUCUAGCAUGAAGUUAGCCUCACAAUGCUGAGCAAAAGUUUUUAAAAUAUAAGAGUCACUGAAAGUUUAAACAUCUUUACAUGUUAAAUGUUCUGUGGAUUUUAAUUAAAGACUUGAGAAUGGUUU